AUGACCCAGCCUGCCCUGGACCAGCUCCGCCACCAAUUUCUCCUGCCGGCCCACCUUCCCCUGGUCAUCCGUGGUGAUAUCAACCGCCCUGACAUUCACUAUCUGGUCCAAGCACACCCCCCUAGGCUCUCUGGCGCCCGCCGCUUCCAAUAUCUUUUGAACCUGAUCCGUGAUGCACGCCAGGCUGGGCAGAUCCCCCCUAGGGGUCAGGUGAUCAUCUACCUUCCCUAUAAGGGCAUGGUGGAGGAGUUCCAUCAGGCCUAUCCCCAGGAGACAGCCUAUUUCCAUGCCGGGCUGCCAGAGGAAGAAAAGAAAAGGGAGGUGGAGAGCUUUGACCAUGGGCAGAAGCUGGUGCUCCUUGGGACAGCUGCCAUCGGGGAAGGAUAUGACUUUGCUCAUACUGCCAUGGUCAUUCACUGGGGGACCAGAUGGGGCAUCAGCCAGUUCCUUCAAGCUACAGGGCGUGCGGCGCGGGGUGCUGGGGAGAUUGGCUGGUCAUAUGCCAUCAUCCCCCCCCUUGAGCCUGGGCAAUUCCCAGAACCAGCAGAUCUCGAAGAACAGCUCUUCCACGAGUAUCUCCAACAACGGGUGUGCCGGCGGUCCCUGAUCAAUCGGGAGUUUAAUGGUAGGGUCAGCCAGGGGUGUUUUCAGCAUGAGAAGGCCUGUGACCUCUGUCAGGUCAGGCAGGAGGAGCUUCACAUGGUCUCUGCUAGGGCUAGGGAGGCCCUUGGGGAUGGGGAAGGCCUCAGGCUGAAGCUGAAGGCAUACAUUAAGUUUUUUGAGUAUGGUAUCUGCCUCUAUUGCUUUCUGAUGACCCAAAUAAACCCAUCCCAGCCAGGAAUGGAUUAUCAUCACCAUCAUCAGCAAUGUACUCAUGCCCAAUCUCUAAUUUCCAGCUUCAACAAGCAUCGCCACCAGUUCCACUUUGAGCCUCAUGGGGAUGCUUUCUCUGCCUACUUCCUACCAGAGCCUGUGGAAAUAGCACUAGAGAUGGAGAUCAAUGCUUUUUUCCCCUGGAGUUCUUCUUGUCUAGGUUUAUACUGA